CAUUACUUUAAUUAUUACAUUGUUUCAAGUUUUUCUUAAAAGAUCUAGUGAAUGUAUUUUAAUAAAUAAUAAAGCAAGAUGAGUGAUAUCAGUGAGCAUGAUAGUGACAGUGACGUUGAUGAUACUAAAAAGCAGGAUGAGAAAAAAAUGAUGGAAACAGCAAACAAUAAGCAAGACUUGUUAGAUGACCAAACAGAUAUUGUCAAUAUUCUUAAAAAGCAAGCUGUAGGAGCUUCUCAUGAUUCUAGUAAACCAGAGUGGCAACAUUAUCUUGAACAAAACUCUUCUAAUGAAGUGUAUACAUAUACCGAUCCAACUGACGGCACAAUUUAUGAAUGGGAUCAAGGCAAAAGAGGAUGGAUUCCAAAGAUAGAUGACGAUUUUAUAGCCUAUUAUCAAGCCAACUACGGCUUCACUCCUUCUGGAGAACACGAUCCAAAUAUAAAUUUACAUGAUGAUGAAAAUGUUAAAGAUGAAACAAGUAAAGUAUCGAAAGAAAAAAAAUCUGAAGAAAUGAAACAGAAAAAAAGAAAAAAUGAAGAACAAGAAUGGUUUGAUAUAGAUCAAAAAACAAACAAUAAUGUCUAUGUUACAGGUCUUCCAGAAAAUUUGACAGAAGAAGAUUUUGUUACUCUUAUGUCAAAAUGUGGAAUUAUAAUGGAAGAUGACACAGGCGCUAAAAAAGUUAGAUUAUAUAAAAACACUGAUGGUAGUUUUAAAGGUGAUGCUAGGUGCUGUUACUUAAAGCAUGAAUCAGUUGAUUUAGCCUGUAAACUCCUUGAUGAAAGUGAUUUUGAAGGAUCAAAAAUACAUGUAGAGCAGGCUGUUUUUCAACUGAAAGGCAAUUUCAAUCCAAAUUUAAAACCAAAGAAGAAGAAAAAGAAAGUGAGAGAAGGGAAAGGCCAAACCAAAUUACUAGAUUGGGUCGACAGGCCUCAAAAGCGAAGUAAGUUUGACCGCAUUGUGAUACUGAAGAACAUGUUUGACAAUAAAGAGUUUGAGAAUGAUCCUACGUUAAUAAACGAGUUAAAAGCAGAUUUAAGAUCUGAAUGCGAAAAGUUUGGAGAAAUAAAAAAGAUAAUAGUAUUCGAUAGAAAUCCAGAGGGCGUUGCAUCUAUACUUUUCAAGGAGCCGGAAUACGCUGAUAAAUGUAUUGAGGCAUUAAAUGGUCGUUAUUAUGCGAAAAAAGUUUUGUCUGCGACGACGUACGACGGUGUUACGAAUUAUCAAGUUCAAGAAACCGCUGAAGAAGAAGCAAAAAGGUUGCAAGAUUGGGAAAAAUUCAUUAGUGACGAGGAAAGGACGUAGAUAAAAUCAACCUUGCUAAUCAACUGUUACCUUACAAACGUAUGUACGUAGUCAACGUUAUUCUGUUGGUUUGUCGUCGAUGUCACCAAACGUAUCAGAAAGAAAAUCUUAAAAUAUCUACCUAUUGAAUACUUUUUUACUUUCGAAGUUGUAAAAUUGAAAUUUGAAGAAAGAAAAAAAUGUUUGCACUAUGUGUCCAUUGAACAUAAAGAACAUUUAAAAGGCGAAAGCACGCGUUUUUAAAACAUUUACGAACCUAAUGAACUUUUAUUACACAUUCAAGCAAAUUAUAACGCGCAAAGGAAAAAGUUCAAAAUUUUUCUGAUUGUUGACUUGAAAGUUUUAUUGUUUUAUUAGAGAAUUUUAUUAUA